GGAAGAGGGAUGAAGACUGGGAGACAGAGGGAGGGGUGUAUGCACACGGGGCUCAGUGGGGAGAUGGAUACGGCUGUGCAGAGAGGUGGUGGGAGUUUGCACAAACAGUAAAACGACCAGCCGCGGCUCGUGCAUCGGGGCGUAGGAUGCAGCUGUGGUCUGCCGAAGGAACGCGGGGAUUUAUUCAGAACUAACUGCGAGGAGAGAACGACUUCACACGUGGGCCACAAAGAGGGGCGGGAGACUACGGCGGGAACAAAGGAUAAGGCUGCAGAGGAGAUAAGAGUGAAAGAAGAAGAGCCACAAGAUAGGUGGGCAAACGUCAAAGCAGCGCCGUUGACCUUCGUCUGUUGAUCCACAAUGACUGUCCAGCUGAAUGAGCUYCUCCUCAUCUGCCUUACCGUCACACAGGGUGGUUGCAUGUUCCCUAACAACCACUGGGGUGAGUGGAACGGCUCUCAGCUUCAGCCCACCAUUCAGAGGCUCAUGAAGGGAUACAACCGCUACCUAAGGCCCAAUUUCAACGAAGGUCCUGUGGAGAUUGGAAUGAGUCUGGAUAUCGCCAGCAUCGACGCCAUCUCUGAAAUAAAUAUGGACUACACAGCGACCAUCUUUCUCCGUCAGCGGUGGCGCGACUCCAGGCUGGUGUUUCCCGGGAACGAGAGCGUGAGCGUGGACGGGCGGCUGGUGUCGUUGCUCUGGAUCCCGGACACCUUCAUCCCGGACUCGAAGCGCUCGUUCCUUCACGACGUGACGGUGGAGAACCGCCUCAUCCGCAUCUUCAGCAACGGCACCGUUCUCUACGCGCUCCGCAUCACGGCUACCAUUGCCUGCAACAUGGACCUGACCAAAUACCCCAUGGACAAACAGGUGUGCACCCUGCAGCUGGAGAGCUGGGGCUACAACAUCCAGGACGUGGUGUUCUACUGGACAAGAGGGAACGACUCUGUGAAGGGUCUGGACACCUUGCGUCUGGCUCAGUACAGCGUGGAGAGCUACUACACRUCGGUGACGGAGGCCGUGUACGAAACAGGUCAUUACCCCAAGCUGGUGCUGCAUUUUUCCCUGCGCAGAAAUGUCUUGUUCUUUAUCUUGGAGACAUACGUCCCCUCCAUUCUGCUCGUGGUUCUCUCCUGGGUCUCUUUCUGGAUCAGCCAGUCGUCUGUGCCAGCCCGAACGUGCAUCGGAGUGACCACCGUCCUGACCAUGACCACUCUGAUGAUGGGGGCCCGCACGUCCCUGCCAAACGCMAACUGCUUCAUAAAGGCCAUAGAUGUUUACUUGGGCAUCUGYUUCACCUUCAUCUUCGGUGCCCUGUUGGAAUAUGCCUGUGCUCAUUUUUAUACAAUGCAGCAUCAAACCAUCGAGGAUCUACACAGGGAGCUUUUGAGGGAGUUUGCCGAGUCCAAUGGAAACGGCCUGGUGCCAAUCGUCAACUCCAGCCAACCGAACCAGUCCGUAGAGGUGGGCACCACCGCAGAGGAACUGACUGAGGAGCCGGCAAAGAGCGACGCCAAGAGCCACGCGGCUCCGACGGAAAAAGMGCAGAGUCAGGGCUGCGGCUUGUCGUCCGUGAAAGACGCCUCGCGCAGAGCAGCUGCCGUCUUYAUUGUGGAAAAUCCACACAACAUCGAUCGCCACGCCCGCACCGCUUUCCCCACGGCGUUCCUCUUUGUCAAUAUCCUGUAUUGGCUCUAUUAUCUCUUUCUCUGAGUGCUGAUUAGCAGCAGGCUGCAG